AAUUAAAUAUUUAUAGUGUGCGAACUUGAAUCUUAAACAGAGGAAAGAACAUCUGUGGGCGGCUCCUUCUUCUUCUACUUCACACUCUUCUGUGGUGAGCGCAAUUAUUUGUUUAUGUUUUUUGAUAAGUUUUCCUCAACACAAACGCUAAAUGCUAUUUUCUAUCUGGUAGUUUACUGGACUGAAUUCUGCGUGCCUUUAGAAAGACUGGGAAUUGAAAAUGGCAAACAUAGACAUUGAGGGAAUUUUGAAGGGUAUUCCAAGUGAUGGCCGUGUCCCCAAGACAAAAAUUGUGUGCACUUUGGGGCCAGCGUCCAGGUCAGUGCCAAUGCUAGAGAAGCUCCUUAGAGCUGGAAUGAAUGUUGCCAGGUUCAACUUUUCACAUGGGACCCAUGAGUACCAUCAGGAGACUCUGGACAAUCUAAGGAUUGCUAUGCAGAACACUCAAAUUCUUUGUGCUGUAAUGCUUGAUACCAAGGGGCCUGAGAUUCGAACUGGUUUCUUGAAGGAUGGAAAACCUAUUCAACUCAAAGAAGGCCAGGAAAUUACUGUAACUACUGAUUACAGCAUUAAAGGGGAUGAACAAACAAUCUCAAUGAGCUACCAGAAGUUGGCUGUCGACUUGAAGCCUGGAAAUGCUAUUCUCUGUGCUGAUGGUACUAUCACCCUUUCUGUUUUGUCAUGCGAUCCAGCUUCUGGAACUGUGAGAUGCCGUUGUGAAAAUACUGCUAUGCUAGGGGAGAGAAAAAAUGUGAAUUUACCUGGUGUGGUGGUGGAUCUUCCCACGCUUACAGAGAAGGACAAAGAAGAUAUCCUCCAAUGGGGUGUUCCUAAUAACAUUGAUAUGAUUGCGCUCUCAUUCGUGCGCAAGGGCUCUGACCUGGUUAAUGUGCGUAAGGUUCUUGGUCCUCAUGCCAAGCGUAUACAGUUAAUGUCGAAGGUUGAAAAUCAAGAGGGAGUGAUUAACUUUGAUGAAAUCCUUCGUGAGACGGACUCAUUCAUGGUUGCACGCGGUGAUCUUGGAAUGGAAAUUCCAGUUGAAAAGAUUUUCCUGGCACAGAAAAUGAUGAUAUACAAGUGUAAUCUUGUAGGCAAGCCUGUUGUAACGGCCACACAGAUGCUUGAGUCCAUGAUUAAGUCUCCAAGACCCACUCGCGCUGAGGCAACCGAUGUAGCUAACGCCGUUCUGGAUGGUACUGAUUGUGUUAUGCUGAGUGGGGAGAGUGCUGCUGGGGCUUAUCCUGAGCUUGCUGUAAAAGUUAUGGCUAAAAUCUGUAUUGAAGCAGAGUCUUCACUGGACUAUGGGGCGAUCUUCAAGGAGAUGAUUAGGUCUACCCCACUCCCAAUGAGCCCAUUGGAGUCUCUGGCCUCAUCAGCUGUGCGCACUGCAAACAAGGCUAGAGCAAAACUCAUUGUAGUGAUGACUCGUGGUGGGACUACAGCGAAGUUAGUUGCAAAAUAUAGGCCAGCAGUCCCAAUUUUAUCAGUUGUCGUUCCAGUUCUUACCACAGAUUCAUUCGAUUGGGCUGUCAGUGAUGAAACACCAGCAAGGCAUAGCCUGAUAUACAGAGGAUUGAUUCCCCUUCUUGCUGAAGGAUCUGCAAAAGCAACUGAUACAGAAUCAACUGAAGAAAUUUUGGAAGCUGCCCUGAAAUCAGCCACUAAGAAAGGGCUGUGCAAGCUGGGCGAUGCUGUUGUGGCGCUUCAUCGAAUUGGAGCUGCAUCUGUUAUCAAGAUAUGCAUUGUUAAGUGAACUUGGCGUGUGACACUCUUUAACACUUCUGUUUUGCAUUAUGUUUUGAUUUUGCUUAAAUUUGGUAACAAGGGUGAUGAUAUACUUGAUAAGCCUUGAUUCUGGAUCUCAGGUUGAGCAUUUUAUGUCCUUUGUGACCUUCAGUCGAUGUUUUUAAGAAUAUUUUGUGGCCUGAAACUGGAAUGACAAGCUUCCUUUUGAGUGCAGCUUAAUUUUCAAGUUACAUGUCAAGUGUCCGUAGAAGAAAAUAAAAAUGAAUUGAAACUUGUGAACUGAUCCUCAGUUUUAUAAUGCAGUUUCGCCAACUAUUCGACUGAGA